AAACAGGCAAGGGGAAAUUGUGCACUUGAAUUUGUACUUCCGCGUAUAAAUGUUUUUUUCCAGCGACAUACGCCAACUUUCGAACAGCAAACCAUAUUAGACUUUGUCAGUCUUUUUUUGCUGUAUUUUGAGCGGGGAGCGUUUGGGCCUCAGUGGUUUAACCCAGCCAUGAGCAUCAUCGGAGCUGAGGAUGAAGACUUUGAGAAUGAUCUGGAACCUAUGGUGGAUGACCACAGCAGUCACUUCACCAGUAUAGAGCUAGUGAAGGGCAGGCCAACCCACCUGCUGGUCUUCCUUCAGCACGUCAUCCUGCAGUUCGACUGCUCCUCCCUGUUGUGUUACCUCCAUGCUGACCUCUUCAAGAACCUCAGUACCAAAGAGACCAAGAAGCAUUUUGUGGAUUUCUACAACAGCUUCCUGGACAAGGGCGCUAUUCUCAGAGUGCAAGUCCCUCACAAUGUAUCGUUUGAGUUGGACCGUACCAGACCAGACCUGCUCAGCGAGGAGCAGCAGAAGAAGUUUGUCCAGGAUGUCCAGUUGGCUCAAGUCCCAGAGGUGCUGCGACAGCUGGAAGACUUCAGGCAGAAGAGGAUGAUGGGUAUGACCCCUAACGCGGCAGAGCUGAUGGAGGUGGAGUCUCACUACCCCACCGAUCGUAUCCCCAUGGAGAUGAAGGAGAAGGCCGUGGCAGAGACCCUGCUGGACAAGAUGUCUGAGAUCCAUCCCUCCAUCGUUGCAGAUGAGGAGAAAUGUUCGUCCAUCUUUGCAGCAGUGGCCUUCUACAUGAAGCACCUAGGAGUGAAGUCCAGAGUAGCUGACAGUAAGAAGUCCAGAGGCUUCUUCAGGAGACCCCUUGGGAAGAGUAAGAAGAGUGAGGAGUCCACUAAAUCCAAACAGAAGGGGGGUUUUCCCAACAUCCUCAGCGCCGCUGGUGGCUGGAUUGCUGGCAGCACUGAGGUCAAACUUCCUAAAGUGGAGGCUGAAGUGGAUAAAGAGAAGGUGAAUCAGGAGCGUAAGGCUUCCAGCGGCCUCGCCCCCUCUCGAGGCUCCUCCGCCCCUGAUGCCGCCCCGCCAGCAUUAAACAGGAAGUCUGUUUCCACAGGAUCCGCCUCCCAUCAGGGGUCGGAGGUCAGCGAGGGUUCAGGGGUCCACAUCAGUGUGACCUCCAGCCCAGACUUCUCCCACAGCGAGAUAGGUCUGUUCAACAGCCGUUCGGACCCCCAGUUGGUGGCGGAGGGGGGCGAGGUGUCCCCCGCGGGGCUGCCAGGGGGGCUGGCUAUAUGGGAGCCCCCCUCACCCAAUGAACUCCCCCAGAGGAAAACCUGGACAAAGACAGACGCAAGACAAGGGUUUGGUCGUCUGGACCAUUUCCUUGUUGUUCCUGUACUCCUCACUCCACCUGUCUCUCUACUUCCUCCUUAUACCACCUUCCUCCUUGUAUUUUCCCGCCCACUGGCUCUCCUCUCGCUCUCCUCCCUUCCUUCCCUCGAUGUACUCUCCUCCUCCCUCCCUACCUCCCUCCCCAGGCGUGUGGGACGCAGUGAGAGUGCUCGUGUGGACAGACAUUCCUCCCGUCGCCGUGGCUCCUCCCGGGCCAAACAGUCGCGUUCCCGUAGCGAUGUGGACCUGCAAGCCGCCGCCGCCACAGCAGCACACUCCUCCCCGACCUCUCCCCACCCCUCUGUUGAUGAAGGGGUGUUACUCCUCGAGGGUGCGCUCCCAGGUCUUUCCCUCUCUGGCCCCACCCCCCAGCAGGAGGAACAGGACCCUCGCCUUCUGGAGCUGGAGCAGGACCCGCCCAACUGGAGAGAACACACCCCCCCAGACACCCUCAAAGACCUCAGCAAGAAGGAGACCAAGAGACAGGAGGUCAUCAAUGAGUUGUUUGCGACGGAGCAUGCCCACGUGCGCAUGCUGAGUGUUCUGCAGACAGUGUUCUGGAAGCCUCUGGAGAGAGAGGAACUCAUGACCACCACAGAGCUGGCCACCAUCUUCCCCAGCCUGGACGAGAUCAUAGACAUGCACUAUGCUUUCUAUGAGCACCUGAAGAAGCUGCGUCAGCACAAUUUCAUCGUCAAGGCCAUCGGAACCACGUUACUCAACAGGUUUGGAGGGACGGAGGGUGAGUGGUUUCAGAAGCUGACGUCUAGGUUCUGUAGUCACCAGACGUGGGCCCUGGAACAGCUGAAGAUCAGACAGAAGAAAGACCCCCGUUUCAACGCCUUCAUACUGGAGGCAGAGAGUAGGCCUCAGUGUCGUAGGCUGCAGCUGAAGGACAUCAUCCCCACUGAGAUGCAGAGGCUCACCAAAUACCCCCUACUGCUGGAAAACAUCGCCAAGUGCACAGAGGACACCUUGGAGAAGGAGAGUAUCCAGCAGAGUGCAGAGUGCUGUAGGAAGAUCCUCAACCACGUCAACGAGGAGGUCAAACAGAUGGAGAAUCUGCUGACACUGAAAGACUACCAGCGCAGGCUGGACACCUCAGGACUGAAGCCCAGUUUCCUGCUGUACCUGGAAUACAGGAAUCUUGACCUGGCCCAGAGAAAGAUGAUCUAUGAGGGGCCUCUGACCUGGAGAGUGACCAAGGAGAAAACUUUAGGUGCUCUAUCAACUCUACUAACAUUAGUUUGUUAGAAAUA